AUGUCGACAGCACCAUCUCUAGAGAAAGGCACUCCCUCUUCAACGGAAGCUGUCUACGCAAUAUUGAAUGUAUUAUCCAAUAAUCUGACCAUCGACUUGCGGCCCUCAUUGGCAACAUUGGUCGCAACCCCGACUGACACAACCGUGCGGCUUGUUUUUAACGCCGAAAUAUGUCGGCAACAUCCUUCAACGCAGAGUUUAGAGGAAUCUCAUUCCCCUCAUGUGCAUUUGGGUUCAAUUAACAUAAGUCCAAUUGAUAUCCAGCGAUAUUUGCGCGAAUAUUCGACAGCCACUGUGGCUGCCGCCUGUAAAUCCAGCAAUGCGAACGUAGAAAGUCAUGAUAUUUCCAAUUCUACAGUUCAACCCCAGAGACGAAAUUCUAUGCUAGUGGAACCGGAGAUAAUCUUACGUUUUAGCCAGGAGUCCGAUCAUCAUCUCGACAAGAGGCGCAAAAUAAGUGACGAUUCUCAAGAGGAAGUGAUUGUUGAAGAUAAUCAGCAAGAUGAUUACCAUGCUGCGGUGUUUGAAGAUAAUGCCACUACUCGACAAAUUCAAACUAAAUCACGCGAAUUUCCUCAACGCAAGAAGAAGAAAGAUCAGGACGUGCACGAGUUGCAGCCACUGUCUACUGAGAGGUUUGUUUCUGGUGUGUGGAAGCAGAUAUUCAAUAGCGUAGAAUUGACACCAAGCUCUCUAGUAAACUCUUCAUAUGACAAUCUAUGUGGCACCACCAACCCAGGCAGCAGCUCUAAUAUUGAGGCUUUUCGCUUUAUCAACACGAUUUGUCUACGAGUUACCAAGUUGAGCAAAUGUUCUCGCGCUUUGGAAACUAUCGUACAGGCCCGCUGGGUGGAUUGCUUCGAAGCUCGAGUGAAGGAGAUUGAAAUAGAGACGCCGUUUUUAUCGAUUACGGAGACGAAGAUGUGCGCUUUGAGAGAGGCAUGCACCAUGCUUCAGUGGUCGGAGAAGGAGCUCAGAAAUAAAUUAUCCAUCUGGCGAGGCUACAAAGAAAUCAAGGACGCAGGUGGAUGGGCUUGUCUAGUCUUCGCAGGUUCAGGAAUUUACAGAUUCUGUAAAUACAGAGUUGGCUUCGGUAACGGUCUUACUACCAAGCUUGGGAAACAGCGAUCUAGCUUAGAGGUCGCAGCAGACACAAUACACCCGGAAUGGCGACAACUGUUGAGCAUCAUCGGAGAAGAAACCCACUUGAUCUACACUGGCCACCCACAUGACUGGGUUGUGUCUGACGGGGGAACUCCUCUCGAGCUCAAGUCCACCUAUACGCAGUGGGAUCCAGAUUUUCAUUUUACGCAUCUGGAAUCUUCACAACUUGAUCCGAAUUCUUGGGGGACCGACGACCCACGUUGGACGUCGAAUACAGACACCUCAUUCUGUAACAGUUGUGGGUACUUGCAAUCUAACGACGUAUCUCGCAAUGAAUGUCGGUGUUUUCCGGAAUUGUAUGGAGGCUGUAAGACGCCAGUGGCAGUGCAAGUGUUUCGCACACCCUCUGGAAAGAACAAUGGACUCAUCGCGCGAUGUGAAUUCCCUCGUGGCGCUGCAAUUGGAGAAUUCGUUGGACUGAUUACGAAAGACAUGGAAGGUAAAGAUGUGAUGCAAAGCGAUAACAAUGGGAAGCGCUAUCAGAUCUUUCAAGGGAAAUUAGGUAACUAUACCCGUUUCGUCAACCACUCGUGUGCGCCCAACAGUCAGUUUCAAAAGUUUUGCUGGCUAGGCUCCGAGCGCGUUAUCUUGACGUCUCGGGGAAUCGAAUCUGGGUCGGAAAUCACAGUCGACUACUCAGAUGAGUAUUGGAAGGGACUAGACAAGGAAUGCAAGUGUGGCGAGCCAUGCUGUCGUUAUUUGAAGAAGCAGACGAGAAAAGCUUGA